CUUGCGAUCUCUCCUCCCCGCCAGCAGGUGACCCUAAGCCGGGCUCCUCCGCCUGCCUGCCUGCUUGCCGCCUCCGUCGCCUGGAGCUCGGUGAUCUUCGUAACCGAGAGACGCCUUGCUUGCUGCCGGCCAGGGGGCGGAGGAGCCGACGGGGAGAGAACGGCGGCGGCGGCGGCGGCCCGGCCCGCGUCCCGCUCGGGCCCCGUCUGCGCCCUGGGCCAGAUGGAAAUGCGGGUGCCCAGCGUGGCUGAGCCUUGGAACUUGCUGGCAGGGGCACACGAGGCAACAGGUGGAAGGCGUCUCUGGGCACGUGCAGAAUGCUGUUUGCUCUCACCGAGGAAUCGUUUCAACGCCACAGAAUGGUGGCUUCCAUGGUCCUCCGGGUGGCCUGCAGCCUGAUUGGCUGGUUCUCGCUCUACACCUGGUCCUGCCAUCGGUACAGAGACCGCACCUGGGAAUGGAGCUGCCGACUGGUCACUCUCACGCAUGGGGUCCUGGCCACUUUCCUCUCUGGCUAUAUCGGCUUCAUUGAUGGCCCGUGGCCAAUGUCUUACCCAGGGUCGCCCAACACCAAUCUGCAGGUCCACGCGCUGUGUAUGAGCUUAGGCUACUUCCUUUUCGACCUGGGCUGGUGUGUCUACUUCCGGACAGAAGGCCCACUGAUGCUGGCCCACCACACCGUCAGCAUCCUGGGGAUCACCGUGUCCCUGGCCCUGGGCGAGUCAGCCGCCGAAGUCAACGGCGUCAUCUUCGGCAGCGAGAUCACCAACCCGCUGCUGCAGGCCCGCUGGUUCCUGCGGGAGAAGGGUCUCUACCACAGCUUCACGGGCGACGUGGUGGACUUCCUCUUUGUGGUGCUCUUCACGGGGGUGCGGAUCGGCGUCGGCGCCUGGCUGAUGUACUGCGUGUUGCUGUCGCCCAAACCCAAGUGGUUCAUCAAGGCCGGGGGCGUCAUCAUGUACGCUGUGUCUUGGGUCUUCAUGGUUAGCAUCUGCCGCUUCGCCCGGCGGAAAAGCAUGAAGAAGUUCCAUGCCUGGAGGAGCAGGUGGAGCGAAUGUGGGGACUUGAAUGCCAAUGGGUACCUGAAAAAGCAUUGACCCCCGCCCCACCCCAGGUUGGGUCUGCGUUCAUGAUCUGGCAAGAAAAGGGGCCCGGCGGGGCCGCAGCACAAGGCCAGAUGGGAGAAGCGUCCCAUGCAGUGGAGAGUAGUGGACAGACUGCCGGAGUAGGACCGGGAGACCCAAGUUCAAAUCCCUGCUCAGCCACGAAGCUCGCUGGAUAACCUUGGCUCAACCACUUCUAGCUAGAGAAAUUCGCCUAGCUAGAGAGAACUUGCUUAGCCUACCUCACAGGGUUGUUGUGAGGACAGAGUGGGAUAAUUCCAAUUUGCACCGCCUUGAGCUCUUUGGAGGAGGGGUGGGAUACAAACGAAACAGGUAAUAGAGAUAGAAUUAAUGCUGGCCCAAUGUGGCAGGUUUUAUCCCUGUGUUUCAAAACUAGCCAGUCUUCUCAUCCAGCUGAAAGAGCUGGGGAUGAGGUGGUAGAGUCCUGAGGAGGUGGCAGAGUCCACUCUAGAGUGGAGUGUACCCUUUCAGUUUGCAGGGAGACCGAAUACUGUACGUUUAAACCUAGCACAGCAAGGUGCGGGUUGGGCUAGAGCAGAGGCUCCCAAUUACAACUCCCAUAAUUCUCAGCUACAAUAAACUGUAGCUGGGGGUGAUGGGAGUUGUAGUUCAGCAACAUCUGGAGGGCCACAGGUUGGGGACCCCUGGGCUAGAGGGACCUUCUCUCUUGAUAUGUUAGGGGUUUGGGGUUUUUUUGUUGUAAACGGGCAGGCUGUUUUUUCUGGAAGGGGGAGUAUUUCCAUCAUGGAAUCCCCACCUGAAAUGGGAGACUCCGUUCUGCCGCCUUGUUUUGCAGUAUGCCUAGUCUUAGGCCUCUAGUGAUGCUGUUGGUGUUACGCUGUAGAAGCAUUUAUAGAUGCUGGGAUAGCAUGUGCUGCCAACAAGGUAACGACGGCAAGAGAAAAGGGCCAGUUUACUCAGAAUAUAGUCGGUGUGCAUUCCCAAGAGCCCUUUGGAUGCUGUUUUCCACUACCUCCUCCUUCAACACUGCCAUAGCCUUGAGAGGCAUUGCCAACCCCAGUGGUACACUGCAGUGUGUCUGCACAUCUGGCGCACCUCCAGUUAGGCGUAGGAUGCAUACUUGAAGUGCUGGGGGUGGGGGUGGGGACUUGGAAAUGUGGCCUUCCCAUGUGCACUCAAAAGAACUGUGACCCAUUUGGGGCUGGUCAAGGGCCCCACGUGAGUCGGGAUUAAUCCUCAGAAUGAGUUGCAAUUCAGUCACUGGACCUGGGAGGUCUUCUAGUCCAUGCCCUCCCUUCUUCUGCCAGCUUCCCACCUUUGCAAGCAUGUCUUGGAGCUGGGACUACCUUCCACCCCUGGUUACCGCCAACCCUUUCGCAAAGGUAAGGAGGGAUUGUUUGCAGGCUACCACCAGGAUUUUUCAAUGAGUCCUUAUGGGGACUCAGAGAAUCCAGAUUAAUUGGUUUAUUUGGGGGCAAAUGGGGAUGGGGCCAUAGCUCAGUAAGAGCUCCUGCUUUGCAUGCAGGAGGUCCCAGGUUCAAUCCCUGGCAGCAUCCCCAGGUAGGGCUGGGAGAGGCUCCUGUUUGACUCCCUGGAGAGUUGCUACUAAUUGGAGUGGACAAUACUGAGCUAAAUGGACCAGUGGUCUGAUUCGGUAUAAGGCAACUUCCCAUGUUAGGACCAUAGGAAGCUGCCAGCUACUGAGUCAGACCAUUGGUCCGUCUAGCUCUGUAUUGUCUUCAGAGACUGGCAGUGGCUUCUCCAAGGUUGCAGGCAGGAAUUUCUCUCAGCCCUAUCUUGGAGAUGCUGCCAGGGAGGGAAUUUGAAACCUUCUGCUCUUCCCAGAGCAGCCCCAUCCCCUACGAGGAAUAUGUUACAGUGCUCACACUUCUAGUCUCCCUUUCAUAUGCAACCAGGGCGGGCCCUGCUUUGCUAAGGGGACAAGUCAUGCUUGCUACCACAAGACCAGUUCUCCUAGGAACCAGGUUCCUAGAUUCUCCCAUUCCUAUUUUGAAUAUAUUGCUCAGACUUUGGUAGUGUGCUGUACCUAGGGACUAGGAGGAAUAGAACAGAGAGGCCAGGAAUUCCUAUCACUGCCACAGGAUUCACUUGGUGGUCCUGCUAUGCAAAUCUUGCCUUGCUGGAUAAGAGCAGAGAGUCAUGUUUUGCCACAUUCUGGGACAUCCACAAGCAGGGCUUGAAGGUAACCAUCCUUUGCCUGUCCCCAGAAUAAUCUCCCAUUUAAAGGCAGGCUGCCUCUGUCCAUGGAGGUCCCAUUAUUCUAGGUAAGGGCGUCCUCUACUGCUCAGUAGAUGAUGACUCAAUUGCUCUAACUUGGGGUACUUACCCACCUUUUAAAGGUGUAUUUUUUCCAAUUCAGAUUUUUAGAGAGGGGGAAAUUUCUAGAGUCAGCUCAGGAGUUUUUCCAGCAGUAGACUGCCAGUGUGAAAGCAACAUUAUUAUCUUCUAUAUAUUUAUUUCUCCUAGGCGUACCUGUCGCUGAUCAUGGCAGCUCUCGUGAAAGUUUGCAAGCAGCUGCCGAUUAGCAAUGGGCGAGAAAACAGGGAUGCUGCCUGGCCGGUGGGGGGAGCUGGUGGUGGCGGCCGUCUCAGCCGCCGGGAAUUGGCGGGUGGGCGGGAGGAGGCGGUGGGCCGGCUUUCCGGCAUGCCCACCAGCCAGAAGCCAUGGGGUGGGGUCGGGGAGAGGCAGGCCAGCCAUGCAGCGGAAGCACAGAUGCUCUGCGCCCGGCCCGGCUAGUUUUUAAGUACUGCCUCAAACAGCCCUGAGAAUGUAGGUAGGCUAAUCACUCAAUAUGGUUCUUUUUCUUCUUCUACUUUAGACUUCUGUUUCUUCUUUAUCUGGAGUGUUAACAUCCAGAAGAUCAAACCAGUAUUGGGUCAUGGCGGGGGAAAAGAUGGGGAGUGUAGGACCUUCUUCCCUCCACUCCCAAUGCUUUGGGUUUACUUUGUUGUGGACUAGUCCAUUGUUGAGAAGGAGGAAAGGGGAAUAAUUUAUACUAAAAGCGGAGAGACCGGUGUUCCAUACAUUUUGGACUGGGUUUCAGCAUGGGAGUGCGGCUUUCCCUGCCCCUCAUCCAGACAUGGGAUGCCUGCAAGCAGCAGCAUUUAUUUAUUUAUAGUUCCAUUUGUCCGUGGCCUCAAGGUGGUAUACAGCCUACAGUGUCUCUUUUCGUUUUAGGGUGUGAGUCCUUUUGGGACAGGGAAUUAUGGUUUUAUUUCUGCUGUGUAAACUGCUUAGAGAACUUCUUUUGUUGAAAAGCGGUAUAUACGUGUUCUUAUUACUAAGAACAAAACACAAUAUACAUUCACAGUAACAAAAACAAUCAGCAGUGGAAACCCAUCAAAGGCAGAAACAAAAAGCGCUGAAAAGUAUGUUAGCAGCCUCUCUUCCACCCCACAACCUCCAAUAAGAUAUCCCAGACUUCAUGCACACCCCUCUGCAAAUAUGCAACUGGCAUAGGUGAAUUAAUUAUGCAUAAUUAUGAAUUAAGUAUGCAAUAAGCAGUUGGGGCUGCUGGUUAUGUCACAACACUUCUGUGUGUGGUGUGUUGAGGGGCCUCUGGACCCUUCUCAUUGCUUGCAUCUGUUAUAAAGAGAAAUUGGUUCUCCCUGCACACACACACACACACACACACACACACACACACACACCUCUUUCAAAACUGUAGUUUGGACUCCUGGGAGAAGCUGUGCGGUGAUGUAGUCAGACCAGGAGGGAGUAAGCAUUUCGUUUCUGAUCCCCCAGGGUCAUCUGAGCUGAGCUGCUAUAAGAGUUUGCAUAACUUGUUUCAAGGGCAGUAUGUCAGAACGGUGAGUUACUUUGCAACAUUCUGUGCUCCAGUUCUGUUGAAAAGGGGCUCUCGUCAAUGGCUCUGAUGCUGAUGAUUUCUUUUGCACGGGUGGAACUCUUCCCUGGGUCAAUGGGAUCUCUAUCAGUUGGAGGUGUGAGGGCAGAAGCCAGUGUGCGGAAGGGAGAAAACUGGGCCGAGGAUUUAGCUGGGCAUAAUCGUCUAAUCCACUGGAUAAGGGAGGUCACUUGAGCAACUCUGAUGCUUUGGAGCCACAGGACUGAAUCUGUGACAUAUGGAAGAAGUCACACCUCAAUCAGCAAAGGCUGUAGGCAGAUACAUUAAACCCAUCGAGUGAAGGUCAGGAAGACAACUUUCUUUCCUGUUUCCUACAAGCACAGGACAAAGGUGCCCCUUGUCACCCAGCAGAGCUCAGCCUGGUAAGAACUCAAGUGUGUGAUCAGCAGAUUCCUGUGAUGAAUCAACUGCUCAAUUAGACCACUUUAUACCACACAGGUGAGGGAUCUAAGGCUGACACCCAAUUAAAGACACUUUAGUCGAUUCAUCAAGCAAGUUCUAAUUGGUUAAUUAGUUGGUUAUAUCUGCAUAGGACUAGGACAAUCAUUAUGAAGGAAAGAGAACGCUCGCCUUGGUUUUAGAUGGUGUGUGUGUUGCCAUGGGAGGAAUCUUAGGAGGCAUUCCUACCUAGCCAAAUGGGAAUGCCUCGUUUGCAAUGGUGUGCACCUUCUACAGCUUUUUAAAAAACAAAUUCUUCUAUACUUCUCUUAGAAGAAAGCAUUGCCCAAUUAAUUGGAGCUGGUUUUUAAAACAGGUUAAAUAUGGUUUGAUAUUGUAAUCAUAAAUAUGAUUGAAUAUGGACUUUACCAAUUAAUUGAUGAAAGGUUGCAGUCCUAGAGGGAUCAAAUGUUUGAUAGAUGUGCUGGAUUAGGGAGAUAAAUUAUAUAUGAACACCCUGCAUCCCUCUGCCUUGCAGCUCAGCAUGCCAGGGAGAAGACUAGACUAGAACUCCUCCUUGACUGGCUAGAUUUCCACAAACAAGGAGUCUGUGGAACAUUCAAAUACUUGACCCCCGUGACUGCCACCUGCAUCCUACAGUCCAGGGACAUGCUUGUCAUGUGAUCUGCAGACGGUGUUGCUUGACUCUUACUGACCCACAAAGGAUACGGAGAGAGGAAGCCAAGGAUGUGCCCCCUUUAGAGGGAAAGACAAUGUCCAAAAGAGUCCACCACUUUACUGUCUGUAAGGGCUAACCCAUGGUGUCUUGGUCCAGAGGGCAAAGGAAACCAUGGGACUAGUGUAUAAAUACUGUGUUUUGAAUUACUGUGUAAUAAUUAAUGUUCCACCAGUGUUGGGUAUAGCAGCUUUGUAUUAUAUUUUAUAAAAAUAAAGAGAUUUUAUGUAUGUAAAGAA